AUGCCGCCCCCUGGUGAAAUGCGCGCCCUAGUUCUAACCCCCUCAACCCGAACGGCCUCCGUUCUCACCAUCCCAACCCCAAUCCCCGGACCAGGGCAAGUCCUCGUCCGCAUCCACGCCGUAGCCGUCAACCCAGUGGACCAGAUCUACUUCGCGGAGCCGAUCGCGACUCAAGAGCAACGCGUUCUUGGUGUGGAUUUUGCGGGGGAGGUUGUCAGCCGACACUUGAGAUUGGACGGGGUGGAGGAUAGGAGAGCUAGGAUGGGAGAGAGGGUUGCGGGGUUUGUGCAAGGAGCGAACUCCGUGAACGACCUCCCCGGCGCAUUCGCCCAAUACGUCGCGGCCCCCUACGACCUGCUCUGGUCCAUUCCGUCGACUCUCUCCUACGAGGAGGCGUGCACGGUCAGCAUGUGCGCGUUGACAUCUGCGCAGGCUCUCUUUCCGAGGUUUGGACUGCCGGGGCCGUUCUAUGAAGCGGAGGAUGUAUCUCUACCAGGCAUAGGUAGUGAGAGCAGUGAUGGUGAUGCUGGGGCGAUCAACGUAUUAAUAAACGGCUCCGCAUCCUCCCUCGGCUUCUACGCCGCACAACUCGUCCACGUCGCCGCGUCGACUUCCGGACGGAAAUUUCGGCUCAUCGGCACAGCGAGACCGUCAAAACACGCCUUCCUCUCCGCCCCACCAUACAACUACGACCUACUCAUCGACUACCGCGAUGAGACCUGGCCUGAAAAAGUCCGGGCAGCAACAGGUGGCGUCGGCGUACACUAUGCCCUCGACACAAUCUCCGAGCGGGACACUGUCGCCAAGGUCCAUAGUACGUUGAAUGCCAAGGGGAAGUAUCAUGUCUUCCGCGGACAGGAUGGAGGGCAGUUUGAGACGAAGGAUCUGGCGAUUCAGCCAGUGUAUGGGACGGUUUGGGAGGGGUUAGGGUAUGAGGUUGAUUAUGGGGGUGGCCUCGUCUUCCCCGCCCCGCCCUCCGCACGUGCCUUUGCCGUCAAGUUCUUCGAGUGGCUUGGUUCUGGUGUUGACGAGGGGAAGGUGGUGCUGCGACCAAACCCGGUCCGGAGGAUGCCGGGUGGGUUGGAGAGGAUCGUACCGGAUGCGUUUUCGUUGCUCUCUGGGAUGGUUUCGGAGAGGAGUGGUCCUCCAGCAAACGGAGAAGAGCAAGAGCGGGGAGGCUUCGAGGAGCAUAUGAGGCCGAUUAGUGGGGGGAAGCUUGUGUAUUCGCUGGUGUAG